GAUGAGGAAAGAAGAAUCUCAACAAGUGCCUCUACGAGUCCUUACUUGUAGACGAACUUGAAUGUUUAUCUUGUUUUCUCUCAUUUUGGGAUUAUGAAAAUCUUAAUUAAAAUGCUUUGAAGACUAACAUGGAAGUGGAUGCGAAUGGCGAUUUGAGGACUUCCUGGAUGUCCACACCAGGAGAGACAUCCAUCCUUGUUGACCAUGCAGCUAAGAAAAGAAAACAACAUAUGAGCCCUGUUCCAGUGAAUCAAAUCAUAGAGGAUGAAGAGGAGGAGAAGGAGUGUCAGAGUAUGAGUGACCACACCAAAGAUUCAGAGGAGCCCAGUUUGAAAAGGGUUAAACCAGUGACCAAGUCCAACAGCCUCACAGGAGUGAUCACCCCAGUCAAGACUCCUGCUUUAAAACGCAUUGGACAGUCUAUAUCGAGGUCUAUCAGUUUUCGCACUGAGGCUCGACCUUUGCCCCCGGCUCCUCUGAGGCCUCGGUCCAAGGCCUCGUCUUUUCCACGGAGACGGAACAGCCAGUGUUGGAGCGAUACAGUGGAGAGUCAUGACCUCACUGCCAAAGAGAUCAAACGACAAGAGGUGAUCUAUGAGCUCACACAGGGAGAGAGGCAGCUCAUUGAGGACCUCAGUCUGGUUAAAAAGGUUUACUAUGAGCCCAUGUUGAAGUUGGACAUUAUGACAGAAAGUGAAUUGGGACAAAUCUUUGGGACUCUGGACUCGCUCAUCCCUCUGCAUGAAGAUCUCUUGGAGCGGCUUGAACGUCUCAGAGGAUCAGAGAAGACUGUUGGGGAAAUUGGACCUACACUUUUACACUGGUUCCCCUGUCUGGAGGCCUAUGUGACCUACUGCUGUAAUCAGGUGGGGGCUAAAGCCUUAUUGGAUCAGAAGAAGAGUGAGAAGCGAGUGGAGCACUUUUUGCGGCUGUGCCAAGAGUCCUCUUUCAGUCGAAAACUGGAUCUUUGGAACUUCCUGGACCUGCCCAGGAGCCGACUGGUCAAAUAUCCGCUUCUGUUAAAAGAGAUUCAGAAGUGCACCCCUCCAGAACACCCCGAUGAGGACACCCUGCCUGAUGCUUUGGAGAUGAUCCAGAGCAUUGUGGCGGAGGUGAAUAAAAAGACUGGGGAGGCGGAGUGUCAGUUUUACAGAAGGGGGCUGACCUACCUUGAGGAGAGCCAGAGGUUACCCGAAAUCCAACAGUCACGCUUCCUGUACUGCCAUGGAGAGCUCAAGAACAACAAGGGACAGCGAUUGCAUGUUUUCCUAUUUGAGCUGGCUCUAGUGUUGACCAGACCUGGAGAAGACAAAGAUGGUGGUCAGGCUUUCACCAUUUACAGACAACCUUUGCCCAAUAACUUACUGAACCUGGAGGAGAUUCCUGAUGGAGAGGCAGGAGGGGGCGGGGCCUUCAGGGGGGCCUUCACAGGGGGAAACGAUAAAGUGAAAAACUGUUUCCGGGUGAGCAGCAGGGGGCGGUCUAAAGCAAACUCCUACAGCCUUCAGGCUAACGACUCCUUCAGUAAACAGCAGUGGAUCACCAGUCUGCGCCAGGCCAUAAUCCAAUCACGAGACAGGAAUGCUCAUGCCAGCCAAUCACUGUUUCCCUCCUAUGGAGAUCCUGCCCUCUGUCACAUAGCUGACCUGAGCCUCAGUUCAGACACAGAGAUGGCUGUCCAAACGAGUCGCUGAGUGGAUAAAUGAGACUUUGGAAGAAUUUUUUUGGGGGUAGACUUUGUUUAUUAGCAAAUUCAAAGAGAUUAUUUUUGAGUGACUUUGCGACUGAGUGUUUUAUGGUGAUAUACAGAUGUUUUGAUCAUAAUGUAUUGCAUUUAUGUAGUGCUUUUCAAGACAACCAAAAAGCUUUACAUUGCAUUAUGAAAUGACUCCACAUUUGGCAGUCAUAAUCUACUAUUGUAGCCCAAGCUGCCCUGGGGUAGACGGAAGUGAGGCUGCCAAACUGUACCUUCAGCCCCUCCUCGACCACCACUCAUCACACACACACACACCAAAUUCUUAAUAGUCAAGAAGUGAAGUGAAGUGUCUCAUUGUAGCACCUGGUAUUCCCAGCUUUCUCCUAUCCAAGUAAAAACCAGGCCCAGCUUUGCUUAGCGUCCAGGAUCUGGCAGUGACAUUGAUCUGGUUUAUUGAUGUUGCUUUUACUAUGUCCAUAAACUCUGUCUACAUUUAUUUCUUUUGAUGGAAAAAUGUAUAUCAUAGCCAUGCAAAGUAGUGAUAUUAUUCACAUUUUAUAUUGUCAUAUUAUGUAUUUGUGCUGUCAUUAACUUCUAGGACGUGAACUCAACCCAUUGAAGCAGCUGUUAUAAUGAUGGUACAACUUGCGAAUGAAUUUAAAUUGUACAUUGUUUUGGUACUUUUGUUUUUUAAUAAAGUGACACCUGAAAGUUAUAGUGAGGCACUUGUGGAAAAGUACACCAAGACAAGCCUAAGUAUAGAUCUCCAGAGAGAAAAGAUUACAGAUGAUUAUCCUCCCCUCCCUUUCUCUCUCCCCUUGUCUUUGCCUGUCCCGUCCUGACAUCGGUGACAGGGCACGGCACAGAGGUAGACUUUCAGAGCCGGCCCACAGGAACACACUCUGAAACAGUACACUGGGCCUUAUGCAUUUUUAACAGCUCAGCAGGUGAGGGGAACAGUCCGCUUGGGACAGUUUGUUCAAAGAUAGAGUGACCAAAUGAUCAGGUGAGUCCGCAUCACUCUUUAUCGAAUGUAAAUAAGUGGGAAAUUGUUUAUU